UCAACAUAUCGCGCCACCAUCAACUUUGAAAUCCGUACCAUCAACGGCUUGACCAUCAAGUACUCCAUCCGUCCCACGUAUGCUAUUUGUCGAUGUAUUCGUGUCAAUUUUCAUUAAUGUAUUCUUCUGAGCGAUUUCAGCGGCAAGGCGCGAGACAUUUACUGGCGUUCGAUGAGCAAAUUUUUGUUUAUUGCAGAAAUUUGCGCGAAAUUUAAUCGCUUACACUGCCAUUACGGAAAAUCAGAUAGCGUCGAGUCUGUACUCACGCACUCUGAUGGUGGCCAUCAGUACAAAGCUAUCGUUAUCACACGAAAGUCACUUCUUUCCCAAAGCGAGUAGAAAUCUGUGAAAAGUGUGGUAAUAUUUGCUGUGUGUGUUUUUCGAAUGGAUGGAGUAUAGCUCUCAGAACAUCAGCUUGUGAGUGAGUGUAGAACUGGUGUAUUUGGUGCCGACUCUCUGUUGUUGCCGUUCAUGAUACAGUUGUGUGCGUAAGAAACCGGUGGAAAUCCGUGAGUUUUCCUUUUUUGUACAGCUUUCUUGUCUGGCCGAAAGCGACCCGAAAUAGUCAAAUAAAAGACAGAAAUACAAAACCUUAAAGAUGACGAGUAUCCGGUGUGCGACAACUGAAGAUUUGAUGAAUAUGCAACACUGUAAUCUACUUUGCUUGCCAGAAAACUACCAGAUGAAGUACUACUUUUACCAUGGCUUGAGCUGGCCACAGUUGAGCUACGUGGCUGAGGAUGGACGGGGCGAAGUGGUCGGAUAUGUCCUCGCCAAAAUGGAAGAAGAAACUCAGGACGAUGCUGAGCCCCAUGGACACAUCACGUCACUGGCCGUCAAGCGCUCGCACAGACGCUGUGGGCUGGCACAAAAAUUGAUGAAUCAGAGUAGUCGAGCAAUGGUUGAAUGUUUCAACGCCAAAUACGUUUCAUUACACGUCCGACGCAGCAAUCGAGCGGCUUUACAUUUGUAUCAAAAUACGCUGGGAUUCGCAAUUAGUGAUAUAGAAGCAAAAUACUAUGCUGACGGAGAGGACGCGUUUGCCAUGCGAAGAGAUCUCGUGAAAUUCGCCGAAAAGGAAGGGCUCGUACCUGCUGAUCCUGAGGCAUUCUAUGCGGUUAAAACUGGAAAAAAAAAGGACGCAAGCGGACAGCAACAGCAACAGGGCCAAGGCGAACAAGACUAGAGCAGCUAUAAAGAUUCCGUACAGAAUGCUGCUCAGGAUAUUAAGUGGGAGCUGACUGAAGCAUGAGUCGUUAAACAAAGGGAUGAAAGGCGAAGAUUGGGGGGGUUGGGUAGAAUGGGAUUGAAAAAAUGGACGAUCAUUUCUUUUGAAGGACUUUACUCAGUUGGCGAGUCUAAAGGCACGACCGCUGGGCGUCACACGGUAGCGCGUUUUCCCACGUGGUGCCUGAAGCUUUCUAUGCUUUCUGAUUUCGAUUGCAAUAAUUGAAUACAAAGCGUGGUAAAGUACCGGAGUGCAUCGGAUUGAACCAUAGGAAUUCGGCCCUGUAAACGAUUAGAAUGAUAUCUUACUUACGACUUCUUCUGUAUUAUAUGUUGUGAACUUUUCUCAGAACCAAAAAAGCCCUUAAGUUGUUUGUUAAACUGAAAAAACUUAUUCACCGGUAUUGCAUACAUAUAUGCUUGUUGCUGAUGGACGAACCUAUAUAGAGGCAGUUGAUAUAGCCCUCAAAGGUGGAUCUGAAGGAUAACCCUUCUAAAACAAGAUUAGUACUUCUCGAAGCGUCCCGUAACAGAUCGGAUGAACAAUACAAUGAAAUCGUUGCAAAAAGCGUUAUUCGUUGAUAAAAAAAGAAGGCCGAGAACCCUCAUGCGAGAAAAGGUUUAGACGUCUUUAAUCUCCGAUGGAUUUUUUUUUCAAAAAAUGGUGGAAUGCGUAAAGGAGAUACCGGACAUAAAAUUCGAAACACGAAGUCUCUUUCGGAAAAUAAGCAGGGCGACCCAACAAGCCUAGAUAGGAGACGUAUGUCUGUGCUAGAUAUAGUUGUAAAGCGUAUCAAGUUGCAAGACGAACUUUUCAAAGCCACUGAUUAUGUAUGUAAGUAUGAUAUUUGAAGAGAGUGUUGUUUCCUUUCAUCACUUAAUAUUACAGGUAGUGCGAAGGCUGAUGCAAUUAUUGUCGCAUCAGUGUUCGCUUUAUACUGCUCAACUAAUACGGUCAAGGAUUACGGAGAACAAUUCAGUUCAUAAUCAAAGCGCCGCUAUCAAAUGAAGCACUGGGCAGCAGUUUUUCGUAUUUUUAAUAUUUGCAGGGAGAGACGUUUUUUAUAGCCUGGGAUGGAUUUUUAAUUUGUUUAUUACUGUAAUUUUUAAUUUGGAAUACUAUAGCUUCUGUAAAAAGUGGUUGGAAUGUAAAAUUUCCUUUUGUGAAAACACAGUACAAAGAGAUUAUAUGUUUGAAAGUUGUUAUGUGGUGUAGUUUUGCUUUGUAUUUUCUUUUUUCUUUUACCGAUGCCACAGUAAUACUUCAAAAAUAUAUCUGAGCUCUCAUUUAACUAACUACGUAAUCGACCGCAUGCCUUUUAAUGAGUACUGGAGUACACUGUGACAAUAACAUCAUUUGACCCGAAGUGGUAGUUAUUACUUCGUGUACAGCUAGAAGCCAAGUUCCAACGCCUUUCCCUAUAUUGAACUGCAAAAAAUUAUAAAUGAUCAAUCCAGCUUAACAUAACUGAAGGAAGCUGCUGCUUUAUACUACAUGUUAACACAAAUCAGUUUUUAUAAGCUAGCAUUAAUAGCUAAUGCACAUUCAUAACGAGACAAGACCUCACUGUUCCAUGUUAAUGUUUUAUAGUUACCCGAUUUCGUAUGAUGCGAUUUAAAUUAUAAAGCCAUUGUAAAGGGCUCGUUCAAGACAAAGUGGUUGAUCUACUGAUGGCAAAGUAGAGACGAGGACACGGCGAAUGGUUGGCCACCAUGUUUGCAAAAAGGAUUGGCUCAUCAGCCUAAAAGUAAAGCAAUUUUUUACUAUAUUACCGGCUAAUAGCCACUAUGUUCGCAAAUCUACACCGAAGCACACGGCGCAUAGACAUACACUUUAUUGACAGACAUUCGAAAAGGCAAUGAAUAGCCUAGGUGAUUAUUGCAUAAAAAAAAUCACUUCGUUGCGAGUUAGUGCGAUUUGAAUCUUGAAGUAACUUAGUUAUGAUAUAUGUACUAUGAUUGCGAUCAAACCACGCCGCAAUAUACGCAUUUUCUUUAAAAGAUCUAAUUAAGCACAGCCUGAUCCGAAAAUAAAUGUAGUACGCGGGACACGACUCAAUCAUUCUGAAACAUUUGGAUACUGAGCGCAUACGUUUUAUUCCCAGAUUGUUGGAAAAAACACGGCUUCUUAACCGUUCCAUUAUCCUUAGAUCCCUUGUGGCGGUAGACUUCGUCACUAAGCAGCAAAUUUUCCGCUAUAGUUAAAUACUCGAUGUUGACUUCUCAAAAAAGAAUUUGCUUUCUGAUGCCAUUCAUAGUCUGUUAUUCUCUCAAUCGCUAUAAGUACAGGCGGACACCCAAAGAUUCCAAAGAUGUUCAUCCCUCACAACAGGUCUAACUAUACAUAUACCAUUAUUUACUAUGCAUGGCAAGUGCAAAAAGGUGACAAACCCUUUUGCGGAUUUAUUUUUCUGCAUGGUUAGGUAGUAUGGAACAGCCCCAGUGAUAGAUUAGUAGGUAACGUAUUUGCCUGCUAAUAUUAGGGAUACGUUGUAAUGUAGGUUCGGACCCUGGCAUAGACGGACUUGGUUUCAUGCUGAGAGCCAGCCCGCUGUCUGAUGGAAUGCCUUACGCCGAUACUGCAGGUAAAAUUCAAAGCAUAAAGGCACUAUGGAACAAAAUUUGAAAGGCGCAAAUCGAUUGUACAAAUUCGACGUCUCAAUACAUCAGACUUUACGGCUUCCACUCUAAAUAAUUGCGUCCAAGCUUCCGACAUCUCAGUUAAACUUCGCUUUCAAGCACUAAAGUAUUAUACUUCGUCGCCGUCGACGGCACGGCUUGAAUAACGUUGAACGUCUUCAAUUAGAAGACACUAUGAUACGUCCGUUGUUUUGAAUCCUGCCAAUGAUAACUACUACACAAUUCAUAUGAAUAAAGUCAUUGUUAUAUCGCAUUUAGAUAAUUUUUUAUAUUGAGAAACAAAAAAUUGUUUUUUUUUGAAACCGAGUUCAAGGUGUCGGCUUGUAACAACAAGAAGAAUUUGAACGAGUGGAAACGAGAAGGAAUUGAGUUGUUUAUUGUAGCUAUACGUCAUUAUAAUGAAAAA